GUGAGUGAAAGACAUAUAUGUCAUCUAACUAAAGGAAGAGGAGAGAAUCGACUCUCUUACCAAUCAUACCAAACCCCUCUUUUACCAAUCUCUAAACCUUAGUUCCUCUCAAAAUAUCUAUUUCCAAAUUUCAAAAUACUAAAUCUUUCUCAAACCAUCCCUCUUGCAGCGAUUUCUAAGAACCCUAUAUUCUCACAAACACUCUGACUUUCUCCGUCUUCCGAAACCCACCAUCUUUAUCAUUCAUGUCUACUUUGAGUUCAAGAAAUGCGAGUAUCUCGAAUAACUAACGUAACCAAGGUGAUGAACCGACGAAGCAUGGCAGCGGGAGAACCGCAAUUGGGUCUCGAACACAAAGAGAAGCAUACGUCUUCAAACGAACAUGUUUCUACGGAGCCGACGUUGAUGGAGGUGAUGCGAGCCAUUGAAAUACUUAAUGGUAAAGUAGCAUUGAUCAUGAACAAGAAUCAAGAAGAAGAUGAAACUAGUAAAACGGCAGCAAAAAAGAAAACGUGUGUGGAACCAGACAGACAUACUUCAAAAGCAUCUGAAGGGAACACUUUUCUCAAGAGGAGAGAAGCUCCAACCCGUCAGGUGGAUAUCUCUGUGUUCACGGGAGAAAACCCCGAAGGGUGGGUGUUAGAAGCUGAAAGGUACUUCCUUUUUUACAGCUCUACUGAAGAAGAAAAGAAGGAGACAGCGUUUUAUAGUAUGUCCGGAGAGGCUUUGAUUUGGUUUCUAAGUGAAGAAUCUCAACAGCCAAUGUUGACAUGGGGGGACUUCAAACAGAGGCUGCUCUUGCGCUUUGGGAGUGGACAGAGAGGAUCUCCCUACGCUCGUUUGAUGAAUCUGAAGCAGAUCAAGCUAGUAGCAGAGUACCGUCGACAGUUUGAAGAAAUAACAGCAACAUCACAAGAACUACCACAAGAGUUUUUGGAGGAAGCUUUCUUAAAUGGUCUAAAACCAGAAAUUGCUGAAGAAGUCAAGCUAUUUUGCUCUACUGGGCUGUCACGACUAAAGGAGAUGGCGCAGAAGAUCGAGAAUAAAAACAUAGCUAUUCUAAGAGACAAGUAUUCACCAUCUUUGGUUCAUACAAUGACUUUCAAAGAGGUUGAAGAGAAGAAAGCCAAGGGAAUCUGUUAUCGAUGCGGUGCCAAAGAUGAUAAGGGCCAUCAGUGUUCGGGUAAAGAUCUGAAAAUAAUGUUGGUAGAGACAGGGAAUGGUGAAGACAGCGUUGAGAAUGGAGAUCCAUAUUUGCUCAGAUCACAAGUGCCCUUAAACGUGAUGAUGUGCAAUAAUGAAAAGGAAAAUCAACGGAUGUUGCAGGCACCUGUGAGUCCGUGCACGUCAAAAAAGGAUGUAAUUAACGAACAUCACCUAGGAAAGCAGAUGUCACCAAAAGACCAAACACGGCAAUCACGUGGGGCAUUGUCGAAGCUAAUUCCAGAGUGUCACCCAACCAACCGCUCAAGGCAUCCAGUUUUAGAGGGCAUAUUUUUCUUUAGUUUUGUCAUAUUAAAAAUUUUGUUAAUAUUUGUAUAUAAAUAUAAUUUGUAAUUAUUUUGACAAUAAUAAUAUUUGUAUUC